AUGGCCGCCACAAAAGCCAUUCUCGUCACCGGCGCUACUGGCAAGCAAGGCGGUGCUGUGCUCGAACAACUCGCAUCGCACCCCUCCAGCUCACAGUUUACGCUUUUGGCCGUCACCCGCGAUGCCAACUCUGGCUCAGCAAAGAAGAUUGUCGAGCGCCAUCCCGACGUCAAGCUCGUACAAGGCAACCUCGACGACCCUAAAGCACUCUUCGCCUCUGCCAAAGCCGCUUUGAAGGAAGCCAGCAAAGAAGAAAAAGUCUGGGGCGUCUACUCAGUCCAAGUUUCGCUCGGCAAAAACGUCACUCACGAGAGCGAAGUCGUGCAAGGCAACGCCCUAAUUGACGAGUCCAUCGAACAAGGCGUCACGCACUUUGUCUACUCGAGCGUUGACCGCGGCGGCAACGAGCGCAGCUUCGAGAACAAGACGCCCAUUCCGCAUUUCCAGAGCAAGUACGAGAUUGAGCAGCAUCUUCUCGAGAAAGCGGGUAAGAAGGGAGAAAACAUGGGCUGGACUAUCCUGCGUCCCGUGGCCUUUAUGGAUAACCUUACCCCUGCGUUUCCCACAAAGGUUUUCCUUGCUGCGCUGCGCGAUACCCUGCAGGGAAAGUCGCUUCAGUGGGUUUCGGUCGAGGACAUCGGACUGUUUGGUGCGCGUGCGUUUGUUGAUCAUGAGGAGUGGAAUGGACGUGCAGAGGGUCUUGCGGGCAGCGAGUUGACCAUGGAUGAGAUGAGUGGGUGCUUUGAACGCGUCAUCGGUAGCCCGCUCCCUGCGACAUAUGGUUUCUUUGGGUCAACGCUCAUGUGGGCGGUGACGGAAGUGAAUGUUAUGAUUAGCUGGUUUGCGGCUGAGGGCUAUGGUGCUGACAUUAGCAAGUUGAAGAAGGAGGAGCCCAAGUUGUGUGAUUUUGAGACUUGGCUUGCGGAGAGGAGUGGAUGGAAAGAUCAGGCUAUCAAGAGGUAG